AAACAGUCUCCUUCGAGCAGCAAGCGCCUGUCUGCCUUGGCUAUAUAAAGCAGCAGAGACGUUGGCUAACAGACACUUGCUGUGAGAGGCCAUGAGAGCAGCAGCCAUCUCUACGCCAAGGCUGGACAAAAUGCCAGGAAUGUUCUUCUCUGCUCACCCAAAGGACCUGAAAGAAACUGACCACUCGCUUUUAGAUGACAAAACACACAAAAGGAGACCAAGAACUUUUGGAAUGGACAUGAAAGCUCACCUGAGAUUUAUGAUGCCGCAUCUAGAAUCAGGCAUGAAAUCUUCCAAGUCCAAGGCCAUACUUUCUGCUGAUGAAGUAAUGCAGUGGUCUCAAUCUCUUGAAAAACUUCUUGCUAAUCAAACUGGUCAAGAUGUGUUUGGAAAUUUCCUAAAGUCUGAGUUCAGUGAAGAGAAUAUUGAGUUCUGGCUGGCUUGUGAAGACUAUAAGAAAACAGAGUCUAAUCUCCUGCACUCGAAAGCAGAGAACAUAUAUAAAGUAUUUGUGCAUUCAGAAGCAGCUAAACAAAUCAAUAUUGACUUUCGCACUCGAGAAUCUACAGCCAAGAAGAUUAAAUCACCUACACCAACAUGUUUUGAUGAAGCCCAAAAACUCAUAUAUACUCUUAUGGAAAAGGACUCUUAUCCCAGGUUCCUGAAAUCAGAUAUUUACUUAAAUCUUCUAAAUGACCUUCAGGCUGGUAGCCUAAAGUGACUGGUUCCUGGGUGAAGGGAAUUGAAGAGAUGGUAUCAAGGACAAAAGGGAUAUGCACCAAGAUGGCUGCUUGGGUGACUCAUCAGUCCUAGAGAAAGAACAAGUGACUCAGAAUGGAUGGAUGUGGAAGUUAUCCAGGCAGAAGAUUAAAGAAGCAUAAGCAAAAUAAAAACUGAGAGACCAGAGAAGGAAAGAAGAUAUCAUGGUACUGUCACAAAAUGUAACUGACCUCUGUAUUAGAAAAUCCCUCAGAACUGAAAAAACAAAGUAACACUGGUUAUACAGAAAGUGCGAAUAAAACUUAUGAGGCUGAUUACAGAACUCUAUAAGCUUCAAGUUCAACUGAAAAUUAUGCUAUGUACUAUUAGAUAAAUAUUGUAUGUGCUGCUGAAAUCCCUUAAUUUGGAUAACUAUUUCAAAAGUAUUGUAUGUGUUUAAAAAUCAUCAUUGCUAUUAUUGACACAAAAGUUUUUGUGUUAAAAGUAUUUGAUUUGGAAGUGAUGAAGAGAAUAGUGUAUUUAACUUAAACUAUUAUCCUAGAAACUAGGAAGUCAGAAUAUACUUGUAAAUUAAAUUAUCAGUAUCAAUAAUAAACAUGAGUUUUGUAUUAAAAGUAUACAGAAAUUAGUCUUGUUUAGAUUUCAUUGUUAUUUAAACCUUUUUUCUCUGAAUUAAAAGAAAUGAAAGCAA